AUGCAAAGCACGAGGAAGGACUACAGUAGAGAAUUUAGCAGCCUUUUGACUCAAGAAGAUGACGGUGACUAUGUUUUGUCAAGAACCAAUUUUCUUGGGUAUGAGUCGAAAAUGGUUGGGUUAUCAGACGAAUUUGACCAUCUCAGAGAGAAAGUUGUAAGACGGAUUUCAGUAGAGGUAGACCAUCAACAUUUCUUGUUAUCUGGGAUGGCCGGCAUCGGCAAGACCACCCUGGCAAAGAGAAUCUUCCAAGACCCGUCAGUUUCAAACCGGUUCGACCUUCGCCUGUGGGUCCCCAUUGGCUCUCGAUACCGGUUAGAAGAAAUCUUGAGGUGUAUCAUGGGUCAAGUGAGUGGUGACCACGAAACUCUUCCAAAUUGGGGAUUGGCCGAGUUUGUUUCUGGAAAACUAAAAAGCAAGUCAUACCUUGUGGUGUUGGAUGAUAUAUGGAGCCAUCAGGUUUGGUAUGAGUUGAAAAAGUUGUUCCCAGACAACAAGAAUGGGAGCCGGGUCCUGUAUUGGACUGAUGUAGCAGAAAACCGAAAUUCAGCCUUCACUGAGGCGUAUGACCUGAUAUCGGAUGUACUACAACCACUUGCCCCAACAUUUAAAGGCAUGCUUUCUUUACCCUCGAGAUUACGAGAUCCCCCGCUCGAAGCUCUUUCAUUUGUGGUUUGUCGAGGGACUUGUGGAGUCCAUGUUGUCAUGAUCCGCCAGAAGGGCUCAGUUUCUCACCUGAACUUACCAUCAUAUUACGUAAUCAAGACCUGUGGCCUCCAUUCCGCUUUUCGCCACCUGUGCGUGAGGGAAGCUGAGGGGAACAAAUUUUUCCACAUUUUCAACCGUCUUGAAGAUGGGUUAGUGCAUAAGACAAAGGGCCACCGCCGGUUGUGUAUCCACAAUAACGGCAUAAAAAAGGAGUUCCCUUUGGAAGUAUUGAAACUAGUUCAGCUGAGGUACCUUUCAUUCACUGUGAACGAAAACCUACCCCCUUCGAUAUCUGACCUUGGUAAUCUUGAGUACCUGAUUGUCCUUCAACACUUGAGCAUUGUGCCCUGUGAGACCCCAUCAUAUCUACCUUUGGUGAUAUGGGAUAUGAAAGAGCUGAAGCAUCUUCAAGUUAAAGGACGCGACUUGUCGAGUCCUUCUGAGCGUGGCGCCUUCUUGCCAAAUCUCUCGACGCUUUUGGAUGUGAGUGCUCACAGCUGUACCAAAGAUGUUCUUCGCAGACUCCCAAAUCUAUGUAAAUUAAGGAUUCAGGCUGAAGUUGGGUCGGAUGAUGCUCGUCAUAAUAACCUCUUUAGCUGGUUCAAUCACUUUUCUAUGUUGAAUCAGUUGGAAUCACUUAAAUUUGUCAUCACAAAUCCUUUGCUCGUACGCCGGUUGCCUCUACUAUUUGAUUCUCCUUCGAAUCUUACCAAGUUGAGUUUGAGCGGGUUGGGUUACCCUUGGGACGAGAUGAGUAAGAUUGCCUCGUUGCCAAAUCUCGAGGUACGCAAACUGCAGUGCUACGCAUUCCAUGCAGCGGUGGAGUUCCUGCUGACUAAGGUGACGGAGGUGCUGACAUGGUACACGGAUCUGAUAACGGGGGCAGAGAACGACCUGCAGCAGCUGAACAAUGAGCUGGGCAUGUGCAAGUCCUUCCUUUUGGACGCCGCCAGAAGGCCCAAGAAGGAGGAGUUUUUCCGGGAGAUUGAGAGGCAGAUCCGAGAGGUGGUCUACGAUGCCGACGACACCAUCGACUCCUGCCUCACUCAGGCCAACAGGGCCAAGGCCAGGGCCAAAUCCAAGUCCAAUAAGCUCUCCAAGUGGGGGAAGAAGGUCGUCGACAAGGUUGACAUCAGCUUGCCUCUUCAGGUCAAGGCCCUGAGGACCGACAAAGUGGCCCCCGUCCUCGAAAAGAUGAAGCUCUACCUGGAGACCCACGACAGCGGAUCCGGCUCCUCCGGCACCACCUAUGAUGAGUCUCCCUCACAUGCGUUUGAGCUGCCGUCAUUCCGGAAAGACAAUGUGGUAGGUCUGGAAGACGAGGAAGAAAGGAUAGUGAAUUGCCUGCUGGAGCCUUGGCACGAGCUGGACAUCAUCCCCAUCAUCGGCAUGCCCGGCCUUGGCAAGACAACUAUCGCUUACAAGGUAUACGAAAGCCAAGUGAUCCGGCGAGAGUUCCCCGUGCGCAUAUGGGUGUACGUGACUCAGGUCCUUAACCGCAAGGACGUUCUCCUCACCAUCCUCAAGGACUUCACUAGCCAGGACCUGUCCGCCUGGACGGAGCACCAGCUCACCCAGGAGGUCCGCCGGCGCCUCACCGGUGCCGGCCGCUUCCUCCUCGUGAUGGACGAUGUCUGGAGCGUCGAGGUCUGGAACGCCAUAAGCGAUGUCCUCCCGAUGCGCAACGACCGCGCAAAAGUCCUUAUCACCAGCCGUUACACAAAAGUCGGGGACCACGCCAACCCGGGUCGGGACCUUCUCCAGCUCCGGCGAAUGCGUGAGGACGAGAGCUGGAGGCUCCUCCGCCUCCAGGUGUUUGGCCGGCAGGAUUACGACUGCCCCAAGCCCCUGCUCAACACCGGCAGACUCAUCUCCCAACAGUGCAAGGGCCUCCCCCUCGCGCUCGUUGUCAUUGGUGGUGUGCUGCUCGACCACCUCAAGAAGACGAGGAACCUUAACCUCGUCCGCAACGAGUGGCUCGAGGUGUCAAACAACGUGGGGGAAAACGUCAAGAACAAUAAGGAUGUCAACGUGCGUGAGAUUGUUGAGAUGAGUUACAAGAGGUUGCCCGAUUACUUGCGCGACUGCUUCGUCUACUUGGGGGUGUUCCCGGAGGAUUACAGGAUCCCGGCCCGCACGCUCACUCAUCUGUGGAUAGCCGAGGGCUUCGUCAGGGCAGAGGAUGGGAAGAGUCUCGAGAAGACUGCACGGGACUAUCUACAGGAACUCAUCGACCGCAACCUGGUGCAAGUGACCGAACGGAAUCCCAACGACGAGGUCAGGACGUGCCAGGUUCAUGACUUGGUUCGUGCGCAUUGUACGCUAAAGGCCGCCGACAAGGAGCUCAAUCUGUACCAGGAGAUAAAAUUGUCGAACGAGGGUGUCUUCACGACUUCAGACAUAACGAAAUGCCGGCGCUUGUGUAUUCACGCCGGCCUCCCAGAGUUCCUUUCCAGACGGCAAAAGGGUCCACGCGUGCGUUCCUUUCUGAGCUUCAACAAAGCUCCCGUCGACCUCGACGCCAAGGACACACCUGUGAUCCUGGACUUGUUCGACCUGCUCCGUGUGCUGGACACGUCGUCCAUCAAGUUCCAGCGCUUUCCAGAAGGAGUCACGAAGCUGAUGCAUUUGAGGUACAUCACCAUUUCGGUUGAGGAUGUCGAUGCCCUCCCGCCAGCCAUUUCCAAUCUUUUGAACCUGCAAACGCUCGUCGUCAACACCAGCUCCAACUUCCUCACGAUCGAGGCCAACAUAUGGGCCAUGACUCAGCUUAGGCACAUAAUCACGAAAGCCGCCAUCAUACUUGACGUCAAGGGGGGUGAAGGUGAAGCCGGGGAGAAUCUCCAAACGCUCAGCAGGUUGGCCCCCGACUACUGCACGGAGAAAGUCUUCGAUAAAGUGCGCAACUUGAAGAAACUGGGCAUCCGCGGAAAAUUAGCUAUUCUUUUCGGCGUGAAGAGGUCCCUCGAAGAACUGCGCCUCCUGGAGAAGCUGAAGCUUGUGAACGAUAAAUCCGUCUCGGAUCGAAUUUACGUCUUUCCGGAGUACAAUUUUUUCCCGGCGGGGCUAAAGAGGCUGACGAUAACGUCCACGCACCUGGACUGGACACAUAUGUCGAAGCUGGCGAGGAUCAACUCUCUUCAGGUGCUCAAGCUGAGAGGGAAGGCGUUCGUGGGGCGAGAUUGGAGGGCAGUCGGGCACGGAUUCCUCAAUCUCCACUACUUAUUGAUUCAGGACACAGAUUUAGCAGUGUGGGAGGUCACACCUGAUUUCUUUCCCAGUCUCAGGACGCUUGUGCUUAGGAGCUGUGACAAGUUGGUGGAAAUUCCAGAGGGUGUGACAGAGAGCCUGGAGAUAUUGGACAUGGAUGGUGUGUCCGCAUCAGCUGUCAACUCUGCCAGGGAUAUUGAGAUGCGAAAAGCGGCAUCGAAAGGACAAUGUGAAUCCAGAUCAAUCUUUGAUGCUUGUGAUGGAGGGAGCAAGACGAAAAUGGUUGGAUUAUCUGAUCAGUUUAGUGAAACCAAAGAUCGGUUGCUCGUGGGGAAAGACAGGGUAUUUUCACUGUGCGGGCUGGCAGGGAUUGGCAAAACGGCACUAGCUGCAAAAAUUUACAAUGAUCCAGCAAUCGUGAAGGAUUUUGGUUUUCGAGCUUGGGUGAACGUGGGAAGUGACUAUCAGCUCGAUGAAAUCGUGAAACAAAUUCGAGCGCAAGUGAAUAUCGAUAGAGAUUAUUGGAUGCAUCGCUUCGUGUUGGAUAAUGUGCUAGAAAAGGUAGCCAUGAGGUCUAACUUUCGACUGAACGUACGCUUUUUGAAUAAGCAUGAAAGUUGGAAACUUUUUCGUGAAAAGGUGUUCUCCCGGGAACUUUCUUGUACUGCUCUACUCAAAAAGGCCGGGAAGAAGAUUGCUGAGAAUUGUGAUGGUCUUCCUCUUACAAUCGUUACGAUUGCUGCCCUCUUAUCAAAAACCGAUAUAAGUCUAGAGCUUUGGGAAAAUGUUACAGCGGGAGAAAAUUCAGUUUUCACGGAUGCGUAUGAUCAAAUUUCCAAGACGCUGUACAGAAAAUGUUCUGAAAGGGCUUCCUAUAGGAAUCUGAAGAGACUAGGAAUCCGAAUUGAAUUGACACCAUAUGCUGUUGAAGUGCCCUUGGGAUUCUUCAAUCAUAUUUCUCGUUUUCAUGAACUUGAAUCAGUUAAAUGCAUGGUAAUGAAUCCUACAGUUAUUGGGUCCACCCCAAUUGCUUCGAUUUCAGAUUUACCGACAGGUCUUAGAAGGUUGAGUAUCAGUGGUUUGGGAUAUCCUUGGAAGGACAUAAAGGAGGUAAAUUUAUUGCCAAAGCUUGAAGAACUCAAACUGAGAUGCUAUGCCUUUCUGGGGCCGAAAUGGGAAACAGAUGACACGGAAUUCACAAGGCUUACGUAUGUUUUGAUUGAAGAUACUGAUUUGGUACAAUGGACAGUUGGAGAAAACAGCUUCCCGAUGCUCAAGUACUUGAGCUUAAAGCACUGUUACAGGUUACAACGGAUUCCUGAGAUAGCUCGGGAUUCUGAUUCUCUACGCAGAACCAAGAUAAUUGACUGCAACCCUUUGGUCACAACAUGUGCAAAAAUGCAAAUGCAAAAGUAUGAAGUCAAUGUUACUAUCAAGUCUACAUGGGAUGAUAGGUAUCUUAGGAAAUGA